CCAACCAAUCAUCUUUCAUCUAACAUUCUUAGUUGUCUGCCUAUAUAAGCAACUACCAUUUUCUAGAUCUAUUCACCUCAAAUCUUCUUCUCAAGGUUCUUCUAACACUUCUCUCACUCCCUCUCCCAACCUUUUAUGCUUAAACCUAAUCUGUUCCAACCGAUCCAAACCAAACCAGUCCGGCCUUUCUUCUCAGCUUCUCCUCUUUGCUACUACUAGCUUCUAAUUUUAUCUCUGAUCUCUGAAAAUGGCGUCGUCACAAAACAAUGAAGAAGAGAAAAAGAAAAUGAAGAAGUUGCAAAAGAGUUACUUCGACGUUCUUGGAAUCUGUUGUACAUCAGAGGUUCCUAUUAUCGAAAACAUUCUUAAGUCUCUUGAUGGCGUUAAAGAUUUUUCCGUCAUCGUUCCGUCCAGAACCGUGAUUGUUGUUCACGACAGCCUCCUCAUCUCUCCGUUCCAAAUUGCUAAGGCACUCAACCAAGCUAGGUUAGAAGCAAACGUGAGAGUAAACGGAGAAACAAACUUCAAGAACAAAUGGCCAAGCCCCUUCGCGGUGGUUUCCGGCAUACUUCUCCUUCUCUCCUUCUUAAAAUUCGUCUACUCGCCUUUACGUUGGAUCGCCGUCGCAGCAGUCGCCGCCGGGAUUUAUCCGAUUCUUGCCAAAUCCUUUGCUUCCAUUAAAAGGCUUAGGAUCGACAUCAACAUUUUGGUCAUUAUAACCGGUAAUACCACGUUUUUCCUUUCUUUUUUGUUGUCUAAUUAUACCACUUCUUAUUACAUUUCUGUAUAUUUAUAUUUAUUCCGUGACUUAAGAGUGAUGUGUUAUAUAAUGAUUUGUUUGUUUAUUAUGGUUAUCCGUGAUCGAUGUAACAACCUUAUAGUAUUAGUUGUCUAAGAACGAAAACUUAGCAAAUUGUGGUAAAUUUAAAACUACUAAUAUAUAUAAUUUCUUAAAACUUGUGAUCGAGUCUUUAUUCUGUAUUUAGCCCUUUUAUGGUACUUUAUAAAAGCUUUGAAAACUGCUUUCCCUGCGAACCCAACACUCCACGAAACCUUUUUAAAAAGUUUCCUUUAUUUUUUCUUGAUAUUUAUAAACA